AAGCCCGCCGGCUUAUUUUUGAAGCUUAUCCUUUUGCUUUCGGGACGGGAAACCUUAUUUGGGCCUUACCCGCCACCGUCGUUUCCAUAGCAACUGAGAGCCUGUUGUCAGGAUGGCGGCGGCUGUGCCUCUCACGGGCCCAUUCCCGGCCUACAGCGCCUUUUAGCGACCGCUCUGCCCUGCUAUGGUCUUCAGGAACCUCCUUUGGGGGCUGCUGGUGCUCUCCGGCGCUCGGGCUCAGAAUGGGAAUCCCGGUUUUCAGCCUUCCUUUAUCUACAUGUCGGGGUCCAUGGUCACUGCCUCUUUGGUUGGCAGCUCUGCAAAUAUUUUUUCUCUUUCAGUAGCAGACAAUGAAACAGGAAUGUUGCCUCUUCAGGACUGUAGUGGAAGAAACAGGACUGGAGACUGGAGUUUGAAUGUCACGUCUCAAGGGAAUAUCUCCAGAGUGACCGUGCACUUGACCCGGCAUCUACAGCUCUGCACGCCUAACCGCACUGACUGUUGCACAGAGGCACCCUGCUUGGUUGUCGCUCUGCAGGUUUCUGCUUGCCAGGAGUCCAUGGUGGCGGCUCGUCUGUUGAUCCAAGCUGAGAUCUAUGCCAACGCAUCCUUGGGGAAUGGGACUGGAAAAACAGAAACUUUUGAUAAUGCAACAGUAAUUCCCAAUCAAGUGUUUCAGCCCUUGGGCCCUUGUCCUUGUAAUCUGACCGCUGGCGCCUGUGAUAUCCGUUGCUGCUGUGACCAGGAAUGUACCCCAGAGAUGAAGAAAUUGUUUGGUGGAUCGUGUUUUACUGGAGUGUUUGGUGGGGAUGUCAAUCCACCUUUUGACCAGCUGUGCUCUGCCCAGACUGGGAUCAACACCCCUGACUGGUUUCCCUUCUUAUGUGUGCAAUCAUCGCUGAACAAUACACCUUUUCUUGGUUAUUUUUAUCAUGGUUCUAUGACAUCCUCCGAAGUGUCUUCAUUUAAGAUUCCAUUUCAAACCAUCCCAGGGAGAUUUGCUACUGGCUACAAGCAAGGGGAUCCAAUCAUGACAGUGGAAAAUGAAUAUUUUGCAGUUCCUCAGCCGUUCCUCGCUGGACAAUGUGCAACCGAUGCUCCUGUCGCGUACCUUCAGGAUUUUGCCGUCGAGUGCCUGGUCGCUUGCCAGGAGGGUAGCCGCUUGCCUCCCAGUAUGGUCAUAAACAGCGGCACCGGAGAUCCCAUUAUGUCACACGUUACCUACGAGAGGAAAAUAACAAAUGGAAGCUGUUCUGGCAGUGAAUGCAAAAAUGUGACAUUUGCAGAAGAUUACACGAUCAUAUGGGAAGGCAGGAGAAUAAUAGAAGUGAACGUCUCCAUCCUUUUUGGACAGGUCUGCCCAGAAGACACCCUGAGACAGAGGUUCACUGUAAACUUUGUGAGCAUGAAUGCGACCAGCCCAGAAGAAUUCUCUGGGAAUCCAGGUUAUCAAGUUGGAAAACCAAUCAGAGCUUUAAUCCUGAAUUCUUCAGUUACCACUUUGAAUCUCUGGAAGUCUGGUGGACAGAGUCUUUGCAUGUCGGCAAGCUUCACUCCCAUUUUGUUCGGAUAUGAUGCGGUUUCAGGAUGCAUUUUAGAAGUUGAUCUUCAGGAGAACUGCAGUCAGUUAAGGGAGAAUGUCGCUAACAAACUGAAUUCUUUAGUGCGAGCGAGCCUGGUUGGGAAAAGAGGCAAUUCCAAUUCCAGCAUCCCAGAUGACUGGGUGGAAAUCAUACGCUUAGAUGCUUUUGGUCCCGAUUCAAAUGAAAGUGUUGGGGUCGUAAAAGGCCUGUGCCCAGGUGUUCCUGCUCACUUGAAUAUUGAGAUUUUAACAGCUGAUGUGGGUGCAGUAGAAGGAAUUCCACAGCAAGAAAUACUGGGGGUGCAAAUCAGUUUUUCAACAAUUACUUGGCAAGCUCAGUGUCCACUUAUCUGUGAAGAUAGAACGGUCUCUCUUGCCAUCUCUGCUGCAGUUCAGUUUAUCAAAAUACCAGCGCAGCCUCCUGUCCCAAAGACAAGAUUUCAGAUUAACUACACGGAAUUUGACUGCCAGAGAAAUGAUGUUUGCUGGCCAAAACUCUUCUACCCUCUGACACGCUUCUACACAGGUGAACCCUACUCACAUUCUCUCGCCAAAGGCUUGGUGCUGGUGUUUUUCAUCUUAAUUGCUGUCAUGCUGAGUGAUCUUGGGAGAAGAAUUUGUGAAGCGUGGAAUAAAACAUAAGUCUUCACUUUACCAGCAUAAAAAGAACUGUUUUGAUAUUGGGUUUUUUAUUCCUUUAAAUAAGUAGUAUUGAACGGGUAUGGAAAGAGAAUAUGUACAGUUUUUAUGUAUUUUUAUAAGUGCAAAUAAUUGUGAAAUAAAAAUCUGUCUUUAAAA